AUGAUUAAAACUCUCUUGUCUUUUUCUCUAUUGGCAGUGUUACUCCUGUUUGAAAUUAUGGAAAAUGGGAAUACCACAUCGUUUUUUAUUCUCUUAGGACUUUUUAACCACACAAAAGCCCACCAAUUUCUCUUCAUGGUGGUUCUGACAAUUGCUUUUGCCUCUCUGUUGGGCAAUGCCCUCAUACUUCUCCUGAUUCACCAGGACCACCGGUUCCACACACCCAUGUACUUCCUAUUGAGCCAGCUCUCCCUCAUGGACAUGCUGCUGAUUUCUACCACUGUGCCAAAAAUGGCCACUGACUACUUAACUACAAGUAGGUUCAUUUCCUCCACUGGUUGUGGGUUACAGAUAUUCUUCUUCCUCACUCUAGGUGGGGGCGAGAGCUUCCUCUUAGCAGCCAUGUCCUAUGACCGCUACGUGGCCAUAUGCCAUCCACUACAAUACUCCCUCCUCAUGAACUGGCAGGUGUGCCUGAGAAUGACAUUGUCAUCUUGGUUCCUGGGUGCAGCUGAUGGGCUCAUGCAGGCAGUUGCUACCCUGAGCUUCCCAUAUUGCAGUGCACACGAGAUUGAUCAUUUCUUCUGCGAGGCCCCCAUGCUUGUGCGUUUGGCUUGUGCUGACACUUCUGUCUUCGAGUACACCAUGUACAUUUGCUGUGUGUUGAUGCUCCUCAUCCCCCUUUCCCUCAUCCUGGUCUCCUACAGUCUCAUCCUCGCUGCUGUUCUCCACAUGCAUUCUGUAGAAGUCCACAGGAAGGUCUUUGGCACCUGCUCUUCACAUUUGGCCGUGGUGGGACUCUUUUAUGGAGCUGCCAUUUUUACCUACAUGAGACCCAAGUCCUACAGGUCAGUUAACCACGACAAGAUUGUGUCAGCCUUCUACACUAUCUUCACCCCUGGACUAAACCCCCUCAUCUACAGUCUGAGGAACAGUGAGGUCAAGGGAGCCCUGAGAAGGUGGCUUGGUCAGUGUGUGACCUUAAAUCAUGAGCAAUAG